UCUUGGGUUGGUGGUGCUAUUGAGGCCUGUGGAGAAGUUUUGUCGGUGCCCCAUAUCUAUCUGAACUCUAUCGAGCAUAUUUCGACUUUUUAAGCAAAGUAAAUUGGCCCAGAUGCAAGGUCAAAGCAGCUCCACCAAUUUCUUUACUGGAAACUUCGACUUUAACAAUUGGUUGAAUUCCAACAAUCCUGAGUUGAUUCCGCAUAAUGUAGCCCCUGUAAAUGCUCCAGAUCAUGGAGGCUCCACUUCCAUGGGAUCAAUGGGAUCCAGCUCUGCUGUGAGCUCCCAAUGUGAGGUCAGUCUUGGGGAUUCAAACCUCGAGCGUGGUGGUCAUGCUGGGAUUGGCCAGAUGUUAGAGGGAUGGAAUUCUGGCCUGAUCACUAAUAGUUCAUCAGCUUUGCAUGCGUCUAGUUCGGUUUCUGUCCCUCAGAUCGACUUAAAUGUAGCAUACCAAGGCAAUGAUGGCAACAUUGGUCAGGGAUCUAGAGCUCUUGGACAUGCGGUUGAAGAAAUCAAUCAGAUAUCAGGUUCAUCUGGUGGUCUGUGCGCAUGUCACAAAAGAAAAGCACCUGAACAAGCCUCUGGACCACAUCCUUUUUAUGGAAAUUCAAACUCCAGUAGGCAAGUUGUAAUUCGUGAUAGCAACAUUAUCCCUACCCGUAGCGAGUCUGCUGGGGACUCUUAUGUUUGCACUUUGUCAGACAAUCUUCUAAAUCCAAAUCAGUCAGACCAAGUUACCACUGGACUUGGACUUGGGUUUGUAAUGGAAGAAUCUGAAUCUUACAUGAAUGGAAAUUCAAGUGUAGUAGGAACCACAGAAAGUUUUCACAGAAAUAUACGCGCAAGAACAACAGAAAUUCAUCAAAAUCUUUUCCCACCAAGCAUUUCUUUCCCUGGGAAUUCAGUAAUAAACUCGCACGUGCAGUUCCCUGGUCAAACAUCCAUAAUUUCCUCAAUGAAUCACUACAAUAACUUCCCUGGAAAUAUUGCUUCUACCUCGCGAAGUGGCUCUACUGUGGGUUUCCUGCCAUCAGCUCCUGCAGGUUUUGCUCAGUUCGCUCAUCCAAACCGUUCGAGUGCGGGGGUCCAGCUAUUUUCUGGUGGACCUGGGUUUCCUCCCAGAAAUACUGCAAAUGGAUAUGUGCAGAGAUUGUCAGAAAUUGUUGAUCAAUCCAGAACUAUAUUGGCUAGCUCCAACAACGGAGUGCCGAUUGUUAACCAACCGCAACUAUCACGCCCUUCAAUUACUAGACAAGAUGUAAUAGCUUCCAGAGCAGGUGACCUAAGGGCUCUUGAGAAUAUUCUGAUGCAGGGAGUCUUGAUGACAAGAGCUCCAAUGCAUAAUGCUGAUUUCCCCCCAAUUCCCCCUGAAUGGAGGCCUAUUGUUGCUGCUCAGAGGAGAGCAAGAAUGUUUUCUGCGAUUCGCCGUGCCUUGGGACUCCAGCAAAGGUCUGAAGCCACACAAGAUGAGGAUGCUCCAAUUAUUGAUACUUCCCAGUUCUAUGGGGAACCUGAGGAGGAGGAGGACGAUGAAGAAUUGGAGGAGUAUGAUUGGUUUGAAAAUAUGCGUCUUGAUGUAGAUGAUAUGUCUUAUGAGGAAUUGUUGGCCCUAGGAGAGCGCAUUGGAAAUGUGAGCACUGGAUUGAGCCAAGAAGCUAUAUUGGCCUGUAUGAGGCGGCACACAUUCGAGUCUAUCAAAAGAGGACCUGAAGUAGAUGCGAAAUCCUGCUGUAUUUGUCUGGAUGACUAUGCCAAUGGGCAGGAGCUUGGCAAGCUGGAUUGUGGGCAUGACUUCCAUUUUGACUGCAUCAAACAGUGGCUCAUGGAGAAGAAUUCUUGUCCUAUCUGCAAGAAGACUGCUAUGGUUAAUCAAAAAUAAAUCAUUGCUCUUUGGGGUCUCUGGUUCUACUAAAUGAGAGAAAAUCUGCUCGGCCCCUGAAAAUUAUCUUAGUUGUUUGUUGUUGAACUUGAUUUCCGGAGACUUUUUACUAUAUUUGGUUUUGUUGCUUCAGAACUUAAAUUAUACAACCGUGGGCAUCGCGGUUAGACGACUUGUUGCCUUAUGCUGUCUUUUCCCAUUCAUAAAACUGAUGAUUUAUCGGGCUGAGUUGACCUAGUGGGUUAUCCUUCUGCUACAAGAGGCUGCCAACAGAAUUCGAGAGGAGCAGAAGUUUCUAAUGUCAAAGAAGCAGCAGGUUUAUUUGGAAGAAUAUAUGGAAAACUCAGUUCCGAGAAUCAGCAGAUGUUGUGAAGGUGGUUAUUAGAUAACAGCAUCUUAAAUGUUUAAGACUCUCUAGUUUUGCUUUCCGUUUUAUCCAUAUGAAUGUUGCUUCAACUGCUAGACCUUUGAGUUUGUUUUUGCUAAACUAAGCUAUUUGCAGACAUAUUCCUUGUUUUGUUGGUUACUUUGAUAUGUUUGAAAGAUUGCAUUGUG